AUGGGGGUCCAAGGAUGUCCAACAAAGGGGGAGAAGACAAGAAACUUUCUGCCUCCAGGGGCCCAGGAGUCUCUCACCAUAUCCUGGGAAGUUCAGCGCUAUGAUGGCUGGUUCAACAACCUGAGACACCAUGAUUGGGGUUCAGCAGGCUCCAGACUCCAGCGUUUGGUCCCAGCUACAUACUCAGAUGGUGUUUACCAGCCCUUAGGGGAGCCGCAUCUGCCCAACUCCCGAAGCAUCAGCAACGUUGCCAUGAAGGGUGCCUCUGGGAAUGCCUCCUUACGAAACCGCACAGUGCUUGGGGUCUUCUUUGGCUACCAUGUCCUCUCUGAGGUGGUGAGUGUGGAACGGUCAGGCUGUCCUGCCGAGUUUAUGAACAUCCAGAUCCCCAAAGGAGAUGAAGUGUUUGACCCAGAUGACACUGGGAGUGUGGUGCUGCCUUUCCAGAGGAGUGAGUGGGACCCACUCACAGGCAAGAGCCCUAACAACCCCCGAGACCAGAUCAACCAGGUGACCAGUUGGCUGGAUGGUAGUGCCAUUUAUGGCUCUUCUCACUCCUGGAGUGAUGCACUGAGGAGCUUCUCUGGGGGGGAGCUGGCAUCAGGACCAGACGCUGCUUUUCCCAGGGACACUCAGGGAUCCCACCUCAUGUGGACAGCACCAGACCCUUCCACUGGGCAACAGGGGCCCCAAGGGAUAUAUGCCUUCGGGGCCGAGAGGGGGAACCAAAAUCCGUUUCUGCAGGCAGUAGGCCUCCUCUGGUUCCGAUACCACAACCUGUGGGCUCAGAGGCUGGCCCAGGAGCACCCCACCUGGGGAGAUGAGGAACUGUUCCAGCAUGCCAGAAAGAGGGUCAUUGCCACCUACCAGAGCAUUACCCUAUAUGAAUGGCUGCCCAGCUUCCUGGAGAAAACCCCCCCAGUGUAUGAAAGGUACAAGUCAUUUUUGGAUCCCAGCAUCUCCCCUGAGUUUGUAGCAGCCUCCGAGCAAUUCUUCUCCACCAUGGUGCCUCCUGGUGUCUACAUGAGAAAUGCCAGCUGUCAUUUCCAAAGCAUCAUUAACGAGGGCCAGGAUAAUUCCUCAGCAAUUAGAGUCUGCAACAGUUACUGGAGUCGAGAGAACCCAAAUCUGCGCAGUGCUGAGGCAGUGAAUGAACUACUCCUGGGGAUGGCCUCACAGAUCUCAGAGCGAGAAGACAGAAUUGUGGUGCAGGACCUGAGAGAUUAUUGGCCUGGCCCUGGCAAGUUCUCUCGAACAGACUAUGUGGCCAGCAGCAUUCAGAGGGGCCGAGACCUGGGACUGCCCAGCUACAAUCGGGCCCUUGAAGCCAUGGGGUUGAAGACCCUGCAGAACUGGAGCACCCUCAACCCUAACCUGGAGCCUGAGAUCCUGGAGGCAAUAGCCACCUUGUACAACCAUAACCUGUCUCAUCUGGAGCUGCUCCCGGGGGGCCUCUUGGAGAGCUACAGAAACCCUGGACCCCUGUUCAGCAACAUUGUCUUUGAACAGUUUGUUCGGUUACGAGACGGGGAUCGUUACUGGUUUGAGAACACGAGAAAUGGGUUGUUCACAGUUGAUGAGAUUGAUGAGAUUCGAAACACAACCCUCUAUGAUGUCUUGGUAGCUGUCACUAACAUCAGUUCUAGUGACCUGCAGGCCAAUGUGUUUUUCUGGAAUAAUGGAGACCCCUGCCAACAACCCCAGCAGCUUAAAGAUGGUAUCUUGCCCCCUUGCGUAAAUAUGACAGUACUUGACUAUUUCAAAGGAAGUGCUCCUGGCUUUGGGAUUACUAUUGUAGCCCUCUGCCUUUUCCCUUUAGUGAGUCUAUUCAUUGCCUGGGUGGUGGCACAUUUCCGAAGAAGAGAGUUCAAGAAGCUACAGAAGAAAGAGAAACAGCACACAAAGAAGGAAAUGCCCAUGGAGGGGGUAGCAGCUAUGGAGUGGCCAGGCCCAGGCAUGAGGAGCUGUCCCAUCUACCUACAGCUGCUCCCAGAGAGAUCCCUUCAAGUGGUAGAUGAACACCUGUCUUCGAUCCGGACCAUUCAGCUCCAGCCUUUACAGCGUAUGAACCUGAUCCAGUCAAACAACAGUGGCCGCCGGACACUGCUAUUCAAGAUCCCCAAGGAAUAUGACCUAGUGCUGAUGUUCAACUCCGAGGAGGAGCGCAGUGUCUUUAUCCAGCACCUUCAGGAUUACUGUGCCCAUUGGGACCUGGACUUUGAGCUGUCGGACAUGGAGGAACGCGACCUGUUCAAAAAAGCUGUGACCAAGCUGCAAAGGGAGCAUAUCCUAGAGAUCUUUUUUAGGCACCUUUUUGCACAGGUGCUGGACAUUGACCAGGCAGAUGCAGGGAGCCUGCCCCAGGACUCAUCUCAGAAGGUGCGAGAGGCCCUGGCCUGUGAGCUGAGCAGGGCAGAAUUUGCAGAGUCUCUUGGUCUUAAGCCUCAGGCCAUGUUUGUAGAGUCCAUGUUCUCUCUGGCUGACAAAGACAAGAAUGGCUACUUAUCCUUCCGGGAAUUCCUAGACAUCCUGGUCAUCUUCAUGAAAGGUUCUCCAGAGGAUAAGUCCAAGAUCAUGUUCACUAUGUAUGAUCUAGAUAAGAAUGGCUUCCUCUCCAAGGAGGAGUUCUCCACCAUGAUGCGAUCCUUCAUCGAGAUUUCCAACAACUGCCUAGACAAGGCCCAGCUGGCUGAGGUGGUAGAAUCCAUGUUCCUUGAGUCUGGCUUCCAAAACAAGGAGGAGCUGACCUGGGAGGAUUUCCACUUCAUGCUGAGGGACCAUGACAGCGACCUCCGCCUCACCCAGCUUUGUGUCAAAGGUGUUCCAGAUAUCUUUAAGCAGAAUAUCAGCAACCGAGUCUCCUUCAUCGACAAAAACCGGACAGGAGGCAUUUACUCCAAUGGAGUUGAGAUUCUGUCCUCAGAGACCUCAGAGACCUCAGAGCCUGGCAGCGCUGGUAUGAGGAAGAGAUUUGGCAAGAAGGCACACACUUAUACUCCACGGCUAUAUACAGAGGCCCAGAGGGAAAAACUUCAAAGAGGUAAACUCUCUCAGAAGCUCCAGCAGUUCAAGCGCUUUGUGGAGAACUAUCGUCGACAUAUCGUCUGCGUGGCUAUCUUCUCUGCCAUCUCUGCUGGGGUGUUUACCAUGCAGGCUUACUAUUAUGCCUUUGCCUCACCAAGCACGGGCAUCUCACAGACUACACUCGUGGGCAUCAUCUUGUCCCGGGGCACGGCAGCCAGUGUCUCCUUCAUGUUCUCCUACAUCCUGCUCACCAUGUGCCGCAACCUCAUCACCUUCUUACGGGAGACCUUCAUCAAUCGCUACGUGCCCUUUGAUGCUGCGGUGGACUUCCACCGUUGGAUCGCCAUGGCAGCUGUCAUCCUAGCUAUCCUGCACAGUUGCGGCCACGUGGUAAACGUCUACAUCUUCUCAGUCAGUCCACUCAGUGUGCUCUCCUGCAUCUUCCCACAUGUCGUUGUGAAUGACGGGUCCCAGCUGCCUCAUACGUACUAUUGGUGGUUCUUUGAGAGUGUCCCAGGCAUGUCAGGAGUGCUUCUACUAGCUGUCCUGGCUAUCAUGUACGUCUUCGCCUCCCAUCGCUUUCGCCAACGCAGUUUCCAAGCCUUCUGGCUGACCCAUCAUCUCUACAUCGUGCUCUACAUCCUGCUCAUCAUCCAUGGAAGUUUUGCCCUGAUCCAGUUGCCCAGUUUCUACCUUUACUUCCUGGUUCCAGCUAUUAUCUAUUGUGGGGACAAGUUGAUGAGCUUGAGCCGGAAGAAGGUGGAGAUCAGUGUGCUGAAGGCUGAGCUCCUGCCCUCAGGUGUGACCUACCUGCAGUUCCAGCGGCCCCAGGGCUUUGAGUACAAAUCAGGGCAAUGGGUACGUAUUGCCAGUUUGUCCCUGGGUACCACAGAAUACCAUCCUUUCACACUCACCUCUGCGCCCCAUGAGGACACACUCAGUCUGCACAUCAGAGCUGUGGGACCCUGGACUACGCGACUUAGAGAGAUCUACUCACUUCCACCAAGCGACAGCUCUCCAUUAUAUCCUAAGCUGUACCUGGAUGGCCCAUUUGGAGAAGGCCAUCAAGAGUGGCAUAAGUUUGAGGUGUCUGUGCUGGUGGGUGGGGGCAUUGGAGUAACCCCCUUUGCCUCCAUCCUCAAAGACCUGGUCUUCAAGUCAUCAGUGAAUAGCCAACUGCUUUGCAAGAAGAUCUACUUCAUCUGGGUGACGAGGACCCAAAGGCAGUUUGAGUGGCUGGCAGACAUCAUCCGGGAGGUGGAGGAGAAUGACCGGCAGGACCUGGUGUCUGUGCACAUCUACAUCACCCAGCUGGCUGAGAAGUUUGACCUUAGGACCACCAUGUUGUACAUCUGUGAGCGGCACUUCCAGAAGGUGCUGAACCGGAGCCUCUUCACCGGCCUACGCUCCAUCACCCACUUUGGUCGGCCCCCCUUUGGCCCCUUCUUCAGCUCCCUGCAGGAGGUCCACCCAGAGGUGCAGAAGAUUGGGGUGUUCAGCUGUGGUCCCCCUGGCAUGACCAAGAACGUGGAAAAAGCCUGUCAACUCAUCAACCGACAGGACCAGGCUCACUUCAUACACCAUUAUGAGAACUUCUGACCAGCUCCAUUUGGCUCCUGGAAAUGGUGCAACGCUUCAUGAAGGAAAGCCCUAGCCCUAACCUCACCAUGCUGCUAUGUAUAUCUAGACUAUCUUCAUGCCAUAUUAUUGUGUUCCAGCCUCCCCUGAAAACCCGGAGCUUCAGCUCUAGCUCCCACCCUGAGCCACCUGGGCAUCUGAUCAGUGAACAUUCAACAUAACUAGCCUGCCCCAGACCCUCUCUGCUUCUAGGCUAUCUUCACACCAUCAGUGCACACAUAUGGCACCCUCUUCCCUAGCCCUUCCCCAUUACUGCUCUCUCUUUUCCUCUGGGAGAGGUAAAAUUAACAUUAUCAUUCCUAGAAAGGAUGAGUCAAUUAGUUGCCCUAUGACUCCACUCACCAUUCCUGACUUCCCUAACCCAGACACUCCUCCCUAUCUACCAUUCCCCUAUAUAUGUUAUUUUCCUCCAUUAGAAUGUAAGCUCCUUGAGGGCAGGGACUGCUUUGGUUUUUGACACAUAGGCCAGUGUCAGAGUCAGGACUUGGAUUCAGGUCUUAGUGGCUCCAAGAUUAGCUCUCUCUCCUUUACCCCAAGCUGCCUCCUCAGGUGCUUACUUUAGGC